CCCCUAUCCGUGUCGGCCCUCACCUGCCCGAUACGACGGUGCGGUGCGGGGACCCCGCUGCAGCCAAGUUCGAAAAAAUUUCAGGGGUCUGAAAAUUAGAAAUUUGGGGAGUAGGUCUCGGUGAGGACUCAUAGACUGAAGCCACUCUACCACAGUUAUUUCUCAGGACACAUAUGCGGGUCUUGUGGCAGACAAUCUUAGCCUGUCCAUAUUCCCCGAGGUUCGAGCCGACUUGCUGGUGAAGAACAAAUCCAGGAAGGGCCGCGUUUAUUUAACGGCUUGUGGACUCGCCAACGGUGGAUCUUGAGGGCUGUUAUACCUUUAUAUCAUUUAGGCGGCAGAAGACGGUUGCAGCUGCUGUAGUUGUACUCGCCCAAUACUGGCCCAAUUCUGUUUGUGGCAUCAAAAAUGGCAUCAAAUCCAGAAGCCUGCCCGGAAAGGUUCAAAAAUGAACCGGAAACUGUCACCCCCGCAAUGGCAGUCCCUGGCGACAGCAAGCAUGAAGGCGUCCUCUGUGACACAGGCGUGACACAGGACGUUACCCCAGCACCAGUGUCCCGCGCGCGUACCAUCGCCAUCAUCGCGUCCCUCAUGCUGGGCGUUUUCCUGUACGCCAUCGACCUGACCAUCCUCGCAAAUGCCGUACCGGCCAUCACGUCGGAGUUUAAGAGCCUAUCGCACGUUCCCUGGUACGGCAGCGCCUUUUUCUUGACCACGGCGCCGCUGCAGUCGGCAUACGGCAAGAUCUAUACCCACUUUGACCACAAGUGGACGUUCCUGGGCUCCGUGGCCAUCUUCGAGGCCGGAAACCUCGUCUCCGGGCUCGCGGUCAACAGUCCCAUGUUGAUCGUGGGCAGGGCGCUGGCCGGCAUAGGCGGCGGAGGCAUCAUCACGGGUGCCUUCACCAUCAUAGUCACCGUCUCGUCGCCCCGCAGGAUCCCCCUCUGCUUGUCGACGUUGAGUGCCACCUUUGGCAUUGCCAGUGUCGUUGGCCCCCUACUGGGUGGCAUCUUCACCACCGAGGUGUCGUGGCGGUGGUGCUUUUUCAUCAACCUGCCCAUUGGGGUCGUCGCCGCGGCGGUUAUCAUGUUUGUCUACAAGACGAAGAAAUCCGAGUGCUCUGAUGGUUCUCAGACCGACGCGUUGCCACUCAAGGAAAAGAUCCUACAGACUGAUCCGGCAGGUAUACUCUUGGUCAUCGUCGGCACAGGUUGUUUCACGCUCGGUCUGCAGCUGGGCAGCGAAUCUGGGAACUAUCGCCAGGCAGGUGUCAUUGGCUCUAUGGCGGCAUUCGUGGUAGUUCUCGUGCUGUUCAUCCUCUGGGAAUGGCGUCAAGGCGAUCGUGCCAUGAUCCAAUACCGCCUCCUCAAGAACGUCCUGGUUGCUGGCAACGUUGCCGUCAACUUCUUCGUCGCGACUGCCUACUUUCCCCUCCUAUAUACACUCCCAAUAUACAUGCAAUCCGUCAAGGACGCGUCCGCGACAACGAGCGGAAUCUGGAGUAUUCCGCUCAUUUUGGGCAUCUCGGUGUUCAUCAUAGUCUCCGCGACAGCCAUGCCACGGAUCCCCUGGCCUGUCUGGAUCCUCGUGGGUCCGCUUGUAAUGACAGCCGGUGCUGCGUGUCUCUACACCCUCACAACAGACAGCUCUGUUGCGCGUUUGCUGGGCUACCAGGUUCUCACAGGUGCUGGUAUCGGUUUGGUGCUACAGGUGCCUAUUGCUGCCAACCAGGGCUUGGUCAAAGCCGCCGACAAGCCACCGGUGAUUGGCAUGACGCUUUUCUUCGAGACUAUUGGAAGUGUUAUUUUUAUGCCCGCCGUACAAGCGUCUUUCGUAGACAGACUCGUCGAAUCAGUGGCUUCAUCAACUCAGCUGGCCGCGUCGGGAAUCACGCCCUGGAGGGUCCUGGAGGCUGGGGCCAUCGGCAUCAGGCGACACUUCCCCGAGAAUGCGGACGCGGUCUUGGCAUGCUACAUGGACGGCAUGAAGGUGGCGUUAUUACUGGAGCUGAUAUGUGCCCUAGUUACGGUAUUUGUAGCAUGUAUUGUUGUAACAUCUUACCUGAUACAGAGGCAUUGGAAAAAGCAGCAGUCGACAAGGGAAACACUGGGGACGACCUAGACCAACUGCCUAUCUAGGUAUUUCACUAGUUAAUAUAUAUUACGUACCUAUUUCACCACAAA